UUAGUGGUGGUAGGGUUUGGUCCGUUUGGUCUCUGGCGCUGCGAAGUGGUGAACGGGUGGCGCAGCAGAACAGAAAUCCCACCAGUCUCGCUCCUCGACUUGCUGACAUGGCGUUGUUGUCGUGAGUGACAAGUUCGCCCCCAUCGUCGAAGACGGAGCAUCCUGAGGAGAGGAUGCCAAGAUCAAGCGGAAGAAAGACGUGAUACUAUAGCCGAUGAAGAAGACGACACAAGUACGAGCGAGUAGAACGAGAAGGAUAAGUGACAAAGUGGCAGCGGUGGUGGCAGCGACACUGGCAAAAAGGUCCACCACUAGGUCUGAUGUUAGCGGAUAUUAACGGGAACCUGGCGGAUCUGAGAAGCGAAGCGAUGGCGUCGCAGAGGUUUUGUCUGCGCUGGAAUAACCAUCAAAGCAAUUUGCUUUCUGUUUUCGAUCAAUUGCUUCAUGAUGAAGCUUUUGUCGACGUUACGCUGGCUGUCGAGGGUCAGCUCCUCAGGGCACACAAGAUGGUUCUGUCGGCGUGUAGUCCCUAUUUUCAGGCCUUGUUCGUUGGACAUCCCGACAGGCAUCCAAUAGUCAUUUUGAAGGAUGUUCCAUACGUGGACAUGAGAAGUCUUCUGGACUUUAUGUACCGGGGUGAGGUGAGUGUGGACCAGGACAGGCUAACCGCUUUUUUGAGGGUCGCCGAGUCUCUUAGAAUAAAGGGCCUGACCGAGGUGAAUGAGGACAAGUGCGACUUACCAAGUAUCACCUCCUCGUUGCUCAGCAAUCAAAACACAGUACCUCAGCCUCCACCGAAUCUACACAGAAUAAACCAAAUCGGGUCUCACCACCACAUCUCACAGAAGAGGUUCCAUCAUAUGUCGAGUCAUCCGCUUUUGGGCUCGGCAUUGACAGCACCAAAGAGGAAGCGGGGCAGGCCAAGGAAACUCAGCGGCUCGUCAGACACUCCCCUCGACUCCAUGGGUCAGGAUCAUCACUCGAGUGCCGACUUGGUCCAGGGAUCGCCGGAGAUGAUGGAGGUUAAGAUGGGUAUCGACUUUCAGAGCGAUGUCGCGGCCAGUGGAGGCGCCAGCAAUGGAAGCAGUAACAACAGUGGAGGAGGAGGAGGUGGAGCGGCCUCCUCGACACCGGCAAGUGCUGCCAAUCUCUCGGCGGCUCUGUCGAGACAAGACGAGCCCACCGAAAACGGUACGGACAUCACGGAUUCGGGUACGAAGCGAGUCAAGCGAGAACCUGAACCGACCCCCAGCACUUCUGCGCAGGCAACGGAAGAGACUUUUGCGCGGCCGCACAGUAGACAAGGGAGUGACGGGUUCAAGCAAGACGGCGAGGAGACGUCGAGCAGUGACCACAUAAACAUUAAUUUCGAGAGAUGCUUCCGGAAAGAGUACAGCGCCACGAGUCUCCAGGGCAAGGCGGCGUCCGAGGAUCCCCAGCACUCGGACUCGGAAUCUGAGCAAAAAGACCUGAGUAGUGCCAUAUUCAAUCUGGUCAGCACCGAGUCGGAGAUCAGCCAGAGCGACUUUGAGGGCUCAUUUAAGGCGGAGAAUGAGAGAACUGAGGGAUCGGUGCGCGACUUUUGCGUGAAAGAAGGCGACGUCUACCGAUGCACCGUGUGCCAUCGUACCUACACACACAUUAGCAACUUUUGCCGGCAUUACGUCACCUCCCACAAACCCAACGUCAAGUACUAUCCCUGUCCCGUUUGCUUCAAGGAGUUUACCCGAAAGGACAAUAUGGUCGCCCACGUUAAGAUCAUUCACAGCCUAAAGCCGCACAUGAGUCUCAGCAGCAGCAGUAGCUCCACCAUGCGGUAGAACGCUGCCAAAAAUGAAAACCCGGCUCGACCACACUCUUCGGCUCUCUCUUCUGUUCGCUCUAGAAACUCUGAUGGCUCUUCUUCCGACAUAUCUUUUCUCCAACUUUUUACUGCCUGGGCUCUACAGUUUUAACUAUUUUGUCAUCCUGAAACACUUCCGUGUUUGCGCCCUGUUUUUUUUUUAGAAAUUCCAAAUUCUUAGAUAAAUGUUAAAAAUUUUGACUGUUGACUUUUGAAAAUGUUAAAGGCCCUUACGGGGGCCGCUUGUUGAAAAUAAUGUUUGGAGAUUUGAAACGCGGAGGUGUUUUAAUUUGGCAAUAAUCAUUUUUGAGUAACCAAGGGGGAGGGAAUAAAUCAAGUUUUAGAGAACGAGUAGAAAGUGGUUGGAGAUUGUAAAAGCUCAAAACGGAAACGGAAUUUCGUGUAAAUGUCUAUUAAAAAGAGGCGAUUGUUGUGCAUUGUACGAGAGAAAAUAUGUAGGUACAUAGAUAGUUAGGUAGAGGUUGUAGAUAGAUAGGUGGAUGGGGCGGGUAGGUUGUAAGGAUGUUGUGAGGAGAAUCAGAAAUCAAGCAAACCUUGUAAGUAGCUAGGUAGAUAAAUCGAUGAAUCAGUUUUUUUUAUAUAUAUGGCGAGGCAGGUGCGUAUCACGUUAUAUGUUUCACGUACGUACCUGGCGAUCGACCUACAAAACGUGGACAAAACCACCCGUGAAUAUGAAUAUUAUAUUAAAAAAUGAGCCAGUCCGACUCCCCCCCCCCCCCACCUGCGUGACCGCGGUGGAGUCCUUUUUCUAGCUGCUGCGAUAUUUCUAAUUCAAUUAGCGUGCUAGCAAAAAAAUUUUAUUCGGAUGUAAUCUUUGCAAAAGAUUGUUCGUUGUUCAUGUUUAUAUAUUGUUAAAAAUGAAGCAUUCGAAAUGUUUUGAAGUGUUUUCCCAAAGUACAAAAUUCAAGUUAUUUUCUUGCUGAGCAUCAAUUUGAUGCGAAGGAGGAAAAGUCUGAUCAAAUCGCGUUUAUUUUUAAAUUUGAUUUCUAGACAAAAAAUUGCUCAGAAAUCCACCUGUGAAUUAUAUGAAAUAUAUGGAAGAGACGAUAAUUGAAUACCAUUUGAACUUUAGAAAUGAUGAAUUGACAAUAUCGCAGCAGGUUUUCCUGCCAGGCUCAAAAUUGGCUCGUUCGUCUUUUUUUUUUGUUUAAAGACGACGAGAAUUUCGAGUGAGGAAGCAAGAGUUUAGUCGAAAAGAGUCGACCUCCGUAUGUUACACGCAAUGGGCAUUACGUUACAAAAGAACGAGCUUUACCGCGUACGCGGAUCUAUACAAUACAGUGUAUAUUGCAUACAGGCAUACAAAGAAUUUAUAUACAUAUUAUAUAUAUUACGAUACCCAAUCUGACCGUCGAACGUUAAAGUUGAACGGGUCCUAGUUGGUUGUAAAAAAAAAAAAAAAAUAAAAACAAGGGAUAAAGUUUUAGAGAGAAAGAAAUCCAAAAGCAAAUAUAUUUACUAUCGAGACUAUUCAUAUUGCCGAGAAUCAAAUGUUACGUAGUACUCGUACCAGGUACGUUCAUACAAGUAUAAACAAGAGUCGCUGAUGAGUAAAGAUUACAUUUAAAUAAGGGAACCACGUAGACUGAGUAAAUGCAAUAUAUAAUAUAUGACAACCGUUCGCCAUUUUGUUGAGCCGUUGAGCCGUUGUCAAAGGUGUCGAGCCUGAAAUAAUAAAUCGCGUAUAGCGUUAAGAGGCUGCGGUAGGUCCGCGUUCAAAGCAAACGAAACAAAAUAGAAUACACGGUACGGGAUAUGCAAUUUUUGAAAGACUGCCGAGGGACGAUUUAAACGACACCAAAUACAAGAUAGUACUGACAUUGGAUAGACUGAAGGCACCUUAGAAGUAACUUAACGCCUGAGCCGAGUUAGUUGAGCCCCAUUAUUUAAAAGAAAAGCUUUACUUCCAAGAUUGUUGAUCGCUUCGAAAACUGCCUCCCAUUUUUUCAGAAUUCAUAUGAUUAUUAAUAUUAGGAAUGUCAAUGGUACGAUAAUGAGUAAGAGGCUAGUGCGAUACAUCCGUCGAUGAAACCAACAAACAAAACAAACAAAAACACAUACACAGGGUAAUACGUGUCAAUAAUAAUUUAAAUUAAAGACUUUUGAAACUUGAUGUGAAAAUCUAUUCUGGCUUCUAUUGAUGCCAAAUAUCGUUAGUGGAGAUAGAAAUAGUCUUUCUACUUAUAUAGAGCUGUUUUCUAAUCCUGUACAUAUGUAGACGAGAAAACGAAUGAUUACAUAGGGGCUAUAUUUGUAAAAAUAAAAUUAUUGUCUAGAAUCUAGAACGAGGCGAUCGACGAUUGAGGUUGAAUAAGUGAUUAAAGCGGAAAAACAAUAAUGAGAAAUGGCAAUGACUAAAGCUUCGGCCACGGCGGUGUAGACUUAGUUACAAGACAGCAUCAUAGCUACUACACCUUACACUCUUUUAUCUUCCCUUCUCUGAGACUCGCGGGUUCAGGACAAGGGAUGCGAAGCGGAUUUAUAUACAAAUUUUUCACUAGUUGGGCAUAGAUAGUAGACGAGGAGGCUAUAUUAUUAAUUAAUUAAUGAAUCAAUUAAUUACUAUUAUUAUUAAUAUAAUUAUUGAGCUAUUGUUACUUUGAAGCAUCGCGUUCUUGUGCAUAUAUUAUAUAAAUAUAUAUUAUAAGGGAACUAAGGAGGAGGCUCGAGAGCCACUCUGAACCGACCAGUGUUGUUCGUUCGUUGUUUAAGAAAAAUCUAGUGUCGCGACGCUGUUAAGCUAAGAUUACCAGUUGGUAGUUCGUGGGAUGGAAGUCGACUCGAUUAGAAAUGCGACCUUGAUUUAAUGGAAAAAAAAGGACAUUUGUCAAAGGCGUGGUUUUUUUUUAGGUUUAAACAGUACAGAAAAGAGGCUAAACUUUAUUCAAAAUAGUCACUAAAAAUUAAAAUAUCUCAGAAUUUGUAGUUUGGGCUAUAAAUCUUAAACAGUAUUUUCAACAUUUUCUUUUAGUAACAGAAAUUGAGCUCAACUUUGGUAACUUUAAUUUGUGUAUGUUUUGGAGAAAGUUGGAGAAUUACCAAACAUAUUGAAAGCAGCUCACGCCUUUGAAAAAGGACUGACAAAUCGGGAAAGUUUUUUUUUUAUCAUGAAGGACAAAGAACCGUUAAAAAUCACGACAUAUUGAUGAAUCAAAAAUUAAGUCGCGAUGGUAAUUCCACGGGUUUCUUGUAGUGUUAAAACAAAAAGGUUGAAAAAAAAUGGCAACUACACUAUACAAAAAGCAAAGUGGCAGCGUUUACUGAUAAUAAUAAUAAAAAAAAUAUAUAAGUAAAGCAAACACAUUUGAUAAUCACUGAGAGGCUAAGACUAACUCUUUUUUUUCUUAGAGGGAACUCUCGCGAAUAAUCGAGAGCAUACGUGUAAAGUUGAGAGUUUUUAUAGCGGUCACGAUUCAUUCGUUGUGUGGUGUCAUCCACGAAAAGUCGCACGGAGGAUAUACAACAAAAAAAGUACGUGCCUUCUUUUACUGCGACUUGCGUUCAGAAGCUAAUGUCUAUUGUAAAUAGGUGUUCAACGGUUUCAUUAUUGUUCGUUAGCGUUAUACUCUCGUAAGCAGGCCAAAAAUUGUUCUUACACGAUCUUAGCGUUACACAUCGUCUGAAUUCAUUCGUAGAGUACCUACGUACGCACGUGUGAUAAAAAAAGGUCCUUUUUGUUGUUGUUACCUGAUUGGUCAAGAAACAAAAUUUUCCAACUCUCAGAGUUUUGAAAAAUCUUUCUAAAUAUUGAGUAUAUAAUUAUUAGUCUAUGUUACAACAGAGAGUAUAUAAAUUUAUAGAGUAUAUAUUUAUGAUUGUUGCAGUGUCGUAUCAAUGGUUCUCUUUGUUUUAUCUUUUUUUCCCUUCACUUUCAUAAUUAUCUUGUCCCUUUUAAAAAGGGAACACAGUCAAUAAGUAAUGAGAUCACACGAACACUGCGGCGACUCUAGAAAAAGCAGCGAGGCUUAAUAUAUAUAAAUAUUAAUUAUAUAUUAAAAUAAAGAAGCAUAUAAGCGCGACUAAAAAUCGCGCGUGCGUACAGAAGUACAUAUAUACAUAAAUAUUAUAUGAAUAUUAUAUAUUAUUGCGAUUAUUACGAUUUAUUAUCAUUAUUAUUAUUAUAUAUGAUAUAUAUAUAUAUAUACACAAAAGUUAUAUCGAAUAUAUUUUAGCGCUAGUUGGUAACAAUGUACCACUUAAAAAAGUCGUUGCAGUUUCGGGACGAUGCGUCAGAAAACGAAAGAAGUUGAGUUUUAAUUUUUAUAUAUUAUGACGAGCGCGUUAAAAAAAUUAACGGAUUGUUCAGUGGGAUCCAAUAAUGAAGUAGUUAUCCCCAGUUCGGUGCCUUUUUAAUGAAAAAAAAUUGUUAUGAAAAUGCGAUCCAGCGCACGAUCGCAACCCUAGUGCCAAAUAAGCGAUACCUUGAACGUGAUCAAGUUUGAAAAAAAAGAAAGAGAUUUUAUAGGCAACUUUUUAGAGACCAAGUCGAGUCUUUUCUGACGCUAGGUAGACUUAGUAUAUUUUAUAUGCACUGAUUGUUUGAUUAUUACUAUCGAUAAUAAAAGAACGGUGUUCAAUAGAUUGUAAUUGAAAGAUUAUUGCGAGUCGCUCUUUCAUCAUGUAGAAUUCCCCUUUUUUUUUGUUUUUUUGUUUUUUGUUUUUUCUUUAAUUUCAUUUAUCAAGUUUGUGCGAAAUUUUGGUGACUAACGCGGGGCCAAUACUUGUCCGCAGCAUCGCAAGACUAACACGCUUUAUACAUGAGGGGACUGUGAAAUAAGCGAGGGAAAGGUAAUUACUAAAACUAACAAUAGCCCUGCCUUGUUUUCGUUUUGUUCGUAGUUUUGAUCCAUCACAGAAAAGGACUUAUAUCCUCAGCCAAGAAGCACCGUUACUCUUAGCCAAAAAUUAUUUUUAUUUAGUUGUCAUUUUAGAAAUGCGCGCGCGCACCUCUCGUGGAUCCAAGCAAUGUAAACAUUGGAAUAGUGAAAACUUGUAAUUUUCGUAGAAACAUGCGAGGAUCGACGAGAUUUAAGCAUUAGAUGUUAAGCUCUUCAAAUUCGAGUUUAUACAAUCGAGGCAACUUUUGUUGUUGCUGUAAAUUGAAAACAAAACAUUUGGAAUAGAAAGUUUAUAUUUGAAACUACCACUGAAACUCAUUUGAGAACCUCGAGUUUGGAGACACUUAGAUGUAUUUUGUAUUUUAUAUCGACUUCUUUUUGUUUUGCAUGUUGCAUAUAAUUGUUGAUUUAUAUUAUUUUAAUUUAGAGACGAGAAAGAAUUAUGAGAAAAGAAAAAUCUGAAAAUAUAUAUAUUUAGUACGUCGUAAGAUUUGAUGUGGUUUGUCUGUUGCAUUUAAUUUAAUGAUUCUUUGUGUUAUACAUAUAGCCAAUUUGCACGAAUAUUGUUUUUAGUCGCAACUUGCGAUUUUUAUCAUAUUGUUGGAGCUUUUACACUUGGGAAGAUAAAGGAUUACUUUUGGAUUUCCAUUAUAAACAAAAACUAGAAUUUACCAAUUUUUAAAUAGUUUUUCCGUUUUAUAUUUUCAUAUCGAUCUGGUAUGUAUUUUCUUGGGUGUAAUAAGUUCCACUAAAAAUUAGUACAAAAACUGAUAAUCGCAUAGAAUUGACGUUAUGGCCAGUACAAACUUCUUUAAAAAGUCUGGAUUUUUCUGUACAUUUUCACUUGUUUUACAGCUUUACAUUUGCUGCAUACUCGGCGAAAUGUGAAUUCAAAUUGCGAUUAAGCUUCUGUCCAGCAAGUUUUGCCUCGCUUUCGUAUUUAUCCAAAGAAAAAAAAUGUUGGUUAAAGUUUUAAAAAAUUAUCUUCUUAGUUAAUGAGUUUGUCUUUAAAAAUUAUAAAUAUGCUCUUGAGCGAUAACUAAUUGGAUAGCAAAUUAAAUUUGAAACUAACAAAUCAGUAUAAGCAAAGAGAAAGUUGAGUUUGAUAAAAAUCGCAAUUGAAUUCAUGUAGAUCGUAACGAGAGGAGUGAGUAACGCGACAAGUUUUAUUUUUAGACUCUAUUUCGGUUACAUCUUUUUAUGUUGAUAGGCUAUUGUGCUAUGAUUUUAUUAUUAGGCAAUGAGAGAGAUGCGUAUAUAUGCUAUAUUAUAUAUAUCCAUCUCGUAUACAUACACUCAUACAAUGACACACGCACACGUUGUCGCGCAAUUAUUAAAGAAUGGUUUCAUUUUA